UUUAUGAACAGACUUGCAGAAAUUGCUCCUGAUCCGGAGAUGUUGAUGUUUGGAGACGAAGCUGCAAAGAACAAGCUCACCCUAGCUCGACAGAUGGGAUGCUCAGCACGGGAAACAUGUUGUGUCCAGUCCAGAUGCUUUGUCCGAGGAACGUGGCGGUCUAUUCUGCCUAUCCUCACCCUCGAUGGCAUUAUCACCCAUGAUACCAUGCAUGGCCCAGUGACGAGCAAGCGUUUCAUUGGUAUAUAUGAAAACGCGUCAGAGAUCUCCGCUCGCAGCUACAAUAUCUCUAGCGUUCUAAUCUCCAUCAUGUCAUGA